AUGACGCUCGCAAUCAAAGAUUUCUUCGUCCCUCUCCUCUUCUUCUCUUCCAUUGCUUCGGCAGCUACCGUCGAACAUGUUUUCCAGGUCAAAAACGUGGUGGUGAAACCGUUGUGCAAGGAGCAAAUGAUACCGACUGUUAACGGAAGUCUUCCCGGUCCAACUAUAAACGUUAGAGAAGGCGAUACUCUCGUGGUCCAUGUCAUCAACAACUCAACUUACAAUAUAACCAUCCACUGGCAUGGAGUGUUCCAGCUGAAAAGUCCAUGGAUGGACGGUGCGAAUAUGAUAACUCAAUGUCCGAUUCAACCACGUAAUAACUUCACCUAUCGAUUUGAUAUCACCGGGCAGGAAGGUACUUUGUUAUGGCAUGCACACGUCGUUAAUCUACGUGCCACACUUCAUGGGGCUCUAAUCAUCCGUCCUAGAUCAGGUCGUCCUUAUCCUUUUCCUAAACCCUACAAGGAAGUUCCCCUCAUUUUUGAACAAUGGUGGGACGUAAAUAUUGAACUUCUCAAUUUACAGCCAGCUCCUAUUUGCGAUGCCUACCUCAUCAAUGGGCUCGCUGGAGAUUCAUAUCCUUGCUCUAAGAACAGAAUGUUUAAGCUCAAGGUAGUACAAGGGAAAACAUACUUGCUAAGGAUUAUAAACGCGGCGCUCAACACUCACCUCUUCUUCAAAAUAGCUGAUCACAACGUGACAGUUGUCUCUGUAGAUGCUGCCUACACGACACCUUACGUUAGCGAUGUGAUGAUCUUGACGCCGGGACAAACCGUCGACGCACUUCUCACCGCCGACCAGCCUAUCGGCAUGUACUAUAUGUCGAUAAGCCCUUACAUUAGUGCUAACUCGUUAGCACCGGUCCCCCCUGGCCAUGAUAUUAGAAGCUUAAUAGUCUAUGAGGGUGCCAAGUCGACAGCAUCCCCAUCGAUGUCGUUGCUGCCUUCAGGGACGAAUGCAAUACCCACCGCUCAUAGGUUCUCCUCGAACAUCACUAGCCUCGUGGGUGGACCCUACUGGACGCCAGUGCCUGAACACGUGGACGAGAAGAUGUUCGUAACCAUGGGGCUUGGCUUAGACCCGUGCCCUCCGGAAACCACGUGUAAUGGUCCGUUAGGUCAGCACAUCGCUGGUUCUUUCAACAACCGUACUUUUGUGAUGCCAGAAACGAUUUCACUCCAAGAAGCCUAUUUCUAUAAUAUCAGUGGAGUAUACACCGAUGACUUCCCCGACCAACCUCCCAUGAAAUUUGACUAUGCUAAUUUCAGCGUCCGUACAGAGUCUGACUACGAAAUGAUGUUUCCGGAGAGAAAGACUAGCACCAAGACACUCAAAUUUAAUUCUACAGUCGAGAUAAUUGUGCAAAACACUGGGAUAAUCAGCCCAGAGAGCCAUCCCAUGCACCUUCAUGGCUUCAACUUUUAUGUGUUGGGUUAUGGAUUUGGUAACUAUGAUCCCAUCCUCCAUGCAAGAAAUCUAAACCUAGUUAACCCGCAGAUGCACAAUACCGUCGGUGUACCACCAGGUGGAUGGGUUGUUUUAAGAUUCAUAGCCAAUAAUCCUGGUACAUGGAUGUUCCACUGUCACAUGGAUGCACAUUUACCAUACGGAAUUAUAAUGGUUUUCAUAGUUGAGAAUGGACCAACUCCGGAAACAAGCUUGCAGCCUCCACCGUCAAAUCUUCCACAAUGCACUCAUGAUCCGACAAUCUAUGAGUCGCCGACCACUAACGUUGAUUUGUCUUCCUAG